AUGCUGCGCGUCCCCUCUUCCCCGCCUGCCCCCCUCUUCUUGACCAAGCCGCCCCCUCGGCCGACCCCAAUGCCCUGCUCAAACGCCCCCCUCUCCAUCUCCGCCAUCUCUGCCACCCUCGCCUCGGCCCGCCGUCUCCGUACUCCCUCCUUCCCGUCCAUCGCGGUCCGGCUCCCGCACCCCCCUCACCACCGUGAGUCAACCUUCCCUCUCGUCCGCUGCGACGCCCUCGUCCCAGCAGUCCACGCUCGCUCCCAGCCCGCCUUCCUCCUCCUCUCCCUCCCCUAUCUCUCCCCUCCGUUUGCUACCUCCUUCUUUGCCCGUUCCGCGCCGCCCAGAUCAACACGGCAAAAUUCUACACAAUACUCGUUGCUACACACGUAUUGCCACGGGACAGAGAUAAUUCAGGGUUUACGUCUGGAAGAAUUCUGCAAUUUUCUUGUGAGAUAUCGUGGAAGCGGAGGGAAGCCGGAUCAAACGUAUCCAAAAUCUCGACGCAGCUGCCAACCAAAGCGAACGCCACUUAUCCAUGCCCAAACGAUACUGGUCAGCUAACAACGUAUUUAGCAAGUCUCGUGGAGAACCAACACAUAUCUCUACGCACGUCCCAGAAAACAUUUACAAGGGAUGAUGGGGUGUACUGGGGUCGGGGCAUAGCAUCAACAAAAAGAAACAAAAAAUAUAGCUAGUCAUUGAGCUCACGGACAUGACGUCAGGACGUCGCGUUUCCCAGACUACGUGCUAGACGAAAGCAUGACUCGACGGUUGACGGAAGAAAGGGUCUCUUCGACAAUGGAGGACACAACUCUACUGGCAUCUUCCGCCCUUGUCGAAUGCGCCAUAGCCAGCGGAAGGACGUGGUUGUCUGGCGAGGUUGAGGAGCGAAGGAGGUGCGUGGGACAGUGCAACACCAAUCAAUGACCCAUCGGACGAGGUAAACGACGUUGACAAAUACGAGCAUUCACAAGGCGAGAAAGGAGUAGUUGGAUCCCCACGGUACCUCGUGAUUGGGGUCUGCAGUCGGCAGGGCUUGAAGGCUUGGCGGUGCGGGUAAGGGCAGCAGCAUGGCUUCGGACGAGUGUGCGGUAAGCUAGAGUGUGAGGGUUGAGACGAGGAGAAAGCAGGUGCGGGCGAGGCGACGGGACGUGGAGUUAGUGCAGUCGAACAUGGCAAACAAGGGUGGUGUUCAGUGGAUGGAUGGUGCUUGUUGUCGGUUGAGGUUGGACCAGUUGUAUCGAGGGCGGUGAGGAUGGCAGAGUGGAGACGGAAAAGAAGGAAGGAACUACAUUGCUCCGGGUUUAAAUAGGGGGGUGUGUGAGGUGAGUGAGGUGAGGUGGGGUGGGCCGGUGAAGGCGAGAAUGAAGGCGAGAAGGGAGGUAGGCGAGAAGGGAGAGCGGGUACUAAUUGGCGAAAUGACCGUGGCACGGGUUGCCAGCAAUGCGAUUUGUUCAGGCGUAGAUGCGC